ACAAUGACAAUGAUUCUGUAGAUCUAUCGUGGAGUUUUAUUCUUUCUAAUAUUGGAACCUUGAGUCCAAUAUUUAAUAACUUCACAAACUGGACUUCUGUAUAAAGGCAACAGAAGAAAGGUUCCCAAGUUAGCGGUCGAAUCGUCGAAUCGCCAAAUCGUGAAAUCCCCGAAUCGCAUCUUUAGACGCUUCAUCGCAGUUUCGCCUCGUCUAUGCCAGCCAGAGCCUCAUUUGUCCCUCUUUCUCUCCGUCCCUUUAUCCCUCCAAUUUAACUCUUACUUCUUCAAUCUCGACCUUCCCAAACUACGAAAGACGCUCGUGGUUAUUUAGUCAACACCUUCGUCCUCUUUUCCCGUACCGCUGACUAUUGGCCAUUGUCUAUCGUCCAUUUACCAUUUACCGCAUACCACCCGAAUCUACCAACACUCCUGCCUUGAAUCUCUCCUCCACUACCGUAUCCAUAGCAAUUGGCGUGCAUAUCUCUUCAUUUUAGAGAAUAAGCUAUACGAUAAAGCCUCGAUAAAUCUACCAAAAUCCUGGUUGCAACCAUGGCUGCACGACCUACCACUCCGGCGUCGCCUAAGAAUGCUAAGAUCAAUUCUCCGACUCCUGGAACACCCUUGUUUGGCUGUGAGCAUGUUCAACUACUCCUUUCUAACAGCACGGAUGUGAUGAAUAGCACUGUGCAGUAUUACAAGAUGCUGUUGAGAGUCAUAUUUGAUGGAAAUCCCUUAGUACCACAGACGUGUAAGGGACCAGACGGACAGAUAGUUACCUCUUUAACAUCCAACUACCUCUGUUUGCAAUGCUCGACCAUCGCUUCGGAGGAAGAGCGCGUAAAGCAUGGCCAUAAGAAGAGCCACAGAUUUUACGUUGAUUCGAGAAGUGGUGCUCUUUUCUGCCAGUUCUGCGAGGACUUCGUAUGGGACCCGACUCUAGAGGAACUUCGAGUGAGAAAGAUAGGAACCGGAUCUUUCUCGAGUCGCAAAAGGAAGCACGAGGAAAUGUUCUCGGAUGCCGUGAAGGACCCACUUAAGGAUGAUCCUAGGUAUAUCUCGACCAACACCACCAUCGCCUCCUGUAGAGCAGACGGGCUUCGGGGAAUUUACAAUGCUGGCGCGACAUGCUACCAGAACGUGGUCCUUCAGAGUUUCCUUCACAAUCCUUUACUCAGAAACUUCUACCUGAGUGAUGGACACCAGAGUAGCGAUUGUCAGGUGGCUCACUGUUUGAGCUGUGCGAUGGACGAUAUGUUUCAAGAUUUCUAUGCCCUCGAGAACACCAAUGGCUAUACGGCGGCUAAUAUCCUCUCCGGGUUUUGGAUAUCCGAAAAGAAGGCUUUCGAGAACCUGGUGACAACUAGGGAGCAGGAUGCUCAUGAGUUCUUCCAGUUCCUAGCCGAGGAGCUACAUGAGAGGAACGGAGAUGGCAAGAAGCCCGAGACGGGAAGUGAGCAUAGCUGCAACUGCAUCAUACACCAGACUUUCUACGGAAAGCUCCAGAGCCAGACAACUUGUCAACAUUGCGGGGGCGUUACUAACGCCAUAGAGUCGUUUCUUGAUCUAAGCUUGGGCCUAGACAAUUUAUCCCACAAGAGAGUCAAGAAGGCCCCUAAGGGUGGCCCAUCCCUGACAUUGCAAGAUUGUCUAGACGAGGAGUACAUCAAGUCUGAUAAGUGUGAGUAUCGUUGUAGGAACUGCAAUUCAUCGCAGCAGGCUCGACGAGACCACAGCAUCAAGCUUCUACCGAACGUCCUCUCCAUACAGCUCAAACGAUUCGAGUUCAAGCAAGGCAGCCGUGACCGAGUUGCAUCUAAGAUUAGUACUAAGGUCCAGUUUCCAUUGCAGCUUAACAUGCUUCCGUACACUACCCGUGGUAGAGCUUCAGAUGCUAGAGACAGUCAGGAGCUGAGACGUUCGUGCACAUACGACCUGUUGAGUGUCGUGGAACACGUUGGAGAGAUCGACACCGGGCACUAUGUGACUUAUUCCCGAGUUGGAGACCAGUGGUUUUCAUUCAACGACCACAGGGUCGAGUUGGCUAAGAAGUCCGACGUAUUAGGAAGCCAGGCAUACCUACUAUUCUACAUCAUCCGAUCAUUGACAUAGGGGUGUGGUUUGUAUUAUUCGGCAUCGGGAUCGGACGGAGUUGUUCUGAAGCAUUUGCAUGGUUUGGGGGGUGAUGACUCCAGUAUGGCGUAUUGACGUUUGCCUUUGAAUAGAGAGGCGUUUUCACAAACGGAACUAUCCUCAUUUAUGACUACUAAGGUGCCCUAUAUGAUGUGACUCUAAGUCGUCGUUGUCUUAAGCCGGGUUGCCAUUUCAUCCUCCACUGAGUUCGGUUUCAUCUACCUGGAAGUAUCAUUACAUCACAGGCUCUAUUUAUGCGACUGCGCUUUUUAAUUACAUUGGAC